AUGUCGACCGCCGACUACAUUUCGAGUCUCCCCGCCGAGCUCCUUGAGUACGUGCUCUUGCGCGUCGACAACAAGACUCUACUGCUGAGCCAGCGUGUCAAUAGGCAAUUCCGCGACACAAUCAAGGAAUCUGUCAAGCUGCAGGAGAAGCUCUUCUUCCGUCAGCCGCGCACAGGAGCCGACAGGGAAGUCAGCAACUUCCGCCAGAACCUCAACCCUCUGCUGCCAUGGAGACGGGUCUUCGUAGAGGGCCUCUCCCCCCAGCCCGAGUCUCCCGAGAGCCUGCCAGCAGCAGAAUUCGGAUUCGCGUUGGACGUUUCAUUGGGGUGCAUGGACGAAGACGAUGGAAGUUCGUCUGAUAACUCCAUCUGGUCCGUCAACGUCGACUUCGCGGGAGCAAAGAGCUGGACGGGCGAGGAGACUUGGCGGCGGAUGCAUCUCUUCCAAGACGGAGUUCCUCUACUCGCUGCGAUGGUGAAGUGGAUGGGCAGCCGGGUCAAGGUGAAGCAGACUGACACUCAACAAUACAUGUCAAUGCUCACUUGCAACCUCGAAUGGCUGAAAGGCGGUCCUCAGAAGGCUACGAUGGGCAAAGUCUUCGAUGAGGCGAUGGGGUUGGUUGUUCGCAGAGGUCUCCGGAACGACGACUAG